AGAUGGCGGUAUGCAAUUUAACUGUUGGUAAUGUUGAGCUGUCAAAGCAGGAAGAAGACGGAGAGGAGGAAGAAAAACUGACCAUCAGCUGAUUUAGCUCUGACAAGAAAAUGGACACCCGUUUCACUCGAGGGAAAUCCAACAUCCUUGAGCGCCCUCUGACCCGACCCAAGACUGAAGUCAGUCUGAGCGCCUUUGCGCUCCUGUUCUCCGAGAUGGUACAGUACUGUCAGAGCCGCGUGUACUCCGUGUCGGAGCUGCAGACACGCCUGGCAGAUAUGGGCCAGAGCGUGGGAGCCAGCAUGCUGGAUGUGUUGGUGCUGAGGGAGAAGAACGGGAAGAGGGAGACCAAAGUGUUGAACAUGCUCCUCUUUGUCAAGGUUAAUGUGUGGAAGUCCUUGUUUGGAAAGGAAGCUGACAAGCUGGAGCAGGCCAACGAUGAUGACAAGACGUACUACAUCAUAGAGAAAGAGCCGCUUAUUAAUGCGUACAUCUCCGUGCCCAAGGAGAACAGCAGCUUGAACUGCGCCGCCUUCACCGCGGGCAUCGUGGAGGCCAUCCUCACACACAGUGGCUUUCCCGCAAAGGUCACUGCCCACUGGCACAAAGGCACCACGCUGAUGAUAAAGUUUAACGAGUCAGUUAUAGCCAGGGACAAGGCUUUGGAUGGCAGAUAAGAAAGAUCGGAGGGGGGGAGUUGUUAUGUAAAUCUGUACAGGAUGAGGAGAAAUCACGGAGGCCCAGGCUGGUGUUUGUAUCUGAAGUGUCUCCUUGUGGUAACUGAUGAGACAGGGUGACAAUAUAAAUGGAUCACUGUGCUGUACUGAGCCUCAUGAGCAGAAAAUAUGCACCUACAUGGUUUCGUGGAUCAUCUCCUUCCUGUUUUGCCUCCUGAUGUGGUUUUAUUUUGUAGUUUUUCUUUUGUCACAUAUUUGCAACAGACAAAAGUUUAAAGCGUAAACAUACUGCAUAAACUUUCAUGCCACAAUGGUCACAGGAAUGUAAAAAAUUUAAACAAAACAUUGGGGCUCUAUUUGACAGCCCUUUUUACACCAUUUUUAAAAAUAUUUGAUUAUUAUUGUUUUAGUCUACAAGCUGGCUACAGGAGGCCAACAAAGUAGAGUACCCCUGGUUAUGAUAAUAUUAAAUCAUAACCAACAAUGAAUCACCACAUGACUUGUUUUUAGGGACAAAAUAUUUUAAGGAGACAGGUUCAAGGUUUUCCCUGCAAACCUGAGCUGGAUAAGUGGGAUCAAGUGGAUGUAUGAGUCCAUGGUUUGUUUUCUAUUUCAUUCCAGCUCAGCCUCAGCUUUUGUUUUGUUUUGUUUUUAAUAAUUCAUAAUCUGGGGCUAGUAAUUCUGUGCUAACAACGCAACCACCAGGCUACAUCUUACAAAUCUAUACAUUUCUUGGGCCCAGAAAUUUUGCGGUGCUAAGCUGAAUUGUUUUUCUUUAAACAGCAUCUGUGGAAAAGAGGAAGUAGUUUAGUGUUAUUUAAAAUACAUUUUUGUAUUUAGUGUCUUGUCAUCGAGUCAUUAUGUAACACAAAGAUGUUUACAUGUUACAAAUAAAAACUGGAAGGUUGUGGUUGUUUUUGAUGACAUGGCUGCUUUUAAGCAAACAAAAGCUGCUUAGCUUAUACUAACACAGACAUAUUUAAAACAUGCGCUGAAUAUUAUAAUUUAUAUUAUGUCCAGAGGACCUAUUUGUUACACUGAGGGAAAUAAAUAUGGUCAUUUCCAGGUCUGACUGUAAUGUCUAUAGCAAUAACUAACAUUGGGUUUAUUUCAUUUUUUUAAAUAACAAAUUGCAGCACUAGUGAAUGUUAGUGUGUGAAGAAAGCUCCC